CACACUCUCAUUAUAUAUAUACAAAUAAACACAAGCACAAACCCAGCAAUCGAAGAAAAAGUCAGAACACAUUGAACAGAGACCACAUGGAAACGCCGGCAAGAACCCUAACGAUCUCGAUCAUGGUGGGUCUGAUGUUCCUGGGGAUUGGGAACUCAGAUCUGGCUCAAGACAGGGCAGAGUGCUCGGAGCAGCUCGUGGGUCUUGCCACGUGUCUUCCGUACGUCGGAGGAGAUGCUAAGGUUCCGACAAAAGAUUGCUGCGCAGGUUUCAAAGCGGUAAUCGACAAGAGCAAGAAGUGUAUUUGCAUUUUGAUCAAAGACCGUGACGACCCCGAGCUUGGUCUCAAGAUCAACGCUACCUUAGCCGUUCACCUCCCCACCGUUUGCCAUCAGCCCGCUCCUAAUAUCUCCGACUGUACUUCUCUUUUGAAGUUGCCUCCAAACUCACCGGCGGCGAAGGAGUUCGAGAGCUUAGGGAAGGUAGAGGGAAACGCCAACUCCACUUCCUCACCUAAUCCCCAAGGGACAUCAAAAGGGGAAACAACAACAAAGGCAAAGGGAGCCGAGGCAGAAAAGAGUGACGGAGGCAAUAUUAAGAGAAAGGGUUGGUUGGUUGUUGUCACCUUCUUAAUUUAUUGUCUCACAUCUCUCUUUAGUUAAUAUGGCCCCUACUCCGUUACAUACACACAUACACACAUACAUACAUACAUAUAUACAUAUGUGUGUGUGUGUGUGUGUGUAUUAGCGUGUAACACGUGUGCAUGUAACCGCGUCAUGAUCUGUAUUUGCGUGUUUUAAUUGAAUCUCGGUGGGCCAAAGCAUUGUGUGUGUGUUUUUUUAUUUGGGUUUGAAUAACAAAUCAAUUAGUCUUUGAAUCUUAAUGUUAA